UCUCUCUCUCACUCACACUCUCUCUGUGUCUCUCACAAAGGCACAGCCAGCCAAAACCCCAAACCCAGUCGAGAGAGAGAGAAAAAGAGUCAGAGAGAGUUUGAGUUGGUUGUCAUAAAUUUAAAGAGGUUGAGUGAGAAGUGGCGCAGAGUGUGGCAUGGCGGCGUUGCAGAGCUCUAAUUCCGUGUCAUUAUUGCUUCGAACAAAGGAAGAGAAUUGAAGCAAAGCGAAACCCUCUUGUUUUCUAUGUCUUUAAACCUAAGAAAAACCCAAAAUUUGGCCCCAAAAAGCUGCAAAAACCCAAGAACGAAGAUCGAGAAGUGUGAGAAACAAAAACCAGGUCAAAACAGAAACUCACAGGCUCACAGUAUCAUAAAAACCCACACCAACUGUUCGCACCCACGCACGAAAGAGCCCAAAAAAAAUCACAACCACUGGUCUUGUACAAUUUGGUGGCUACUUGUUAUUGAGAAUAGGAGAGUUUUGUUUUGAUAUGGAUUUGUUGUCAAAAUUGAGAGCUAUUGGGUGCAAGAAAUGGCAGGGAUAUUCUAUCUAGGCGGAGGACGGGAAGGGCAGCAAAACAAACAAGAGGAGGAGGUAGAGAAACAGGAAAGUAGCUUGUUUUUGUUCAGAAACGAGGAGAUCUACAGCAAUAGCAAGGGGUUUGAGAUAUGGCCGCAGCAGUACUAUCAUCAGACACAGCACCAGAACUUGAGCAACUACUACUCGUUUGGACUGGGUCCUAGUCGGAGAAACCCCGCGGGCAGCGUCUCCGAUGACUCGUCCAGAUCCGCCGGUUUCACGUUGAUGAGGCAAGGAGGAAUUGGAGGAGGAGGCGGCGGCAUGAAUUGCCAAGACUGUGGAAACCAAGCCAAGAAAGACUGCCCGCAUCUCAGAUGCAGGACUUGUUGCAAGAGUCGAGGGUUUCAGUGCCAAACGCACGUCAAGAGCACUUGGGUCCCUGCAGCAAAAAGGCGCGAACGGCAACAACAGCUCUCAGCUUUACAACAACAACUGCAACAGCAGCAACAGCAAGAUGAUCAACAGCAGCAACAGUUUCGAGGAGAGAAUCCCAAAAGGCAGAGAGAGAAUCAAUCUCUUGCUUGCGCUCGUGUACCCAACACCACCACGUCAGGGUUGGAACUGGGACAAUUUCCAGCUGAAGUGAGCUCGCCGGCGGUCUUUCACUGCGUAAGAUUAAGCGCAAUGGACGAUCCGGAUGAGCAGUACGCGUAUCAAACGGCUGUAAACAUUAAAGGACAUGUUUUCAAGGGAAUUCUGUAUGAUCAAGGCCCCGAAGGUCGUUACACCACAGGCGGCGAGAGCUCGUCGGGCGGAGGAGGAGGAGACGGAACUCAACCGCUCAAUCUCAUUACAGCUGCAACAACCAGCACCACGGCGGCAACCACUAGUAACCCAUCUGUCACGUUGCUUGACCCUUCACUAUAUCCAGCUCCAUUCAAUGCUUUCAUGGCUGGUACGCAAUUCUUCCCACCCCCAAGAUCGUAGAAACCUCGUUAAGAUUGUUUGCUUUUAGCAAAUCUUGAAAUUUGUCACCAUCUCUAGAAUAUUAAUGCUAGCUCUCCCUCUCUCUCUCUCUCUCGUUAAGGUUUUCAACUACUACUUUGUAACCCCCUCCCCACUGAAGUAAGGCGCAUAGGAUUUAGAAACGAGGAUGUUUGAUCAUUUUGUUCGAAUUUCAAUUCAGAUUUUCAUGGUUAAUUAUUCUGAUCUUAUC